UCUUUCAUCACAGUUUGUUGACCCUUCUCUGUCCAAGCAUUGAGCUCAUUGCUACUACUCUAACCUGUAAAUCUGAAUUUCUCCAAGCAGACCCACAGUUCUCAGGAUUCGCUGUAAGACAUGCAGCAUCUUUUUACCUUCAUCGUUUUCCUUCAUCUUCUUCGAGGUUCUGCCACCCAAGCCAUUGAGGCAGACUGCAAUGACCACAAUAUAUUUAAUGCAGUAGAUGAGGCACUGAGACACCACAACAGGGCAUUAACUGAUGGAAACAAGUUUGUUCUCUAUAGGAUCACAGAAGCCAAAAUAAAGAUUGAAAAUGACAGUGGGACACAUAACUUUGUCAGCUAUGAUAUACGAGAAGGUUCCUGUGGAGUAAAAAGUGGCAAAGUGUGGCAGAAUUGUGACUUUAAGCAAUCUGAUGAAAAAGUGGGUAAGUGCUCAGCACACGUGCUGGUCAACAAAGAGCUUAAGAGCAGUGAAGUCAUAUUUCAGAACUGUAGCACAUUCAAAGUUGAACCUACUGUGACUGCCGUUGAGCAAGGCUGCCUUGGAUGCCCAAUAAAGCUGGACACCACAAAUGAGGAGUUGUUACCCCUAAUAAAGGUUGCUAUGGAAAAAAUGAACAAAGUGGCCAAUCAUCCAUUCUACUUUAAUCUGGAGACUAUUACUGAGGCCACACGCCAGGUUGUCUUUGGAUGGAAUUAUAAAUUAUUUUAUACCAUCAGACAGACCAACUGCUCCAAAUCUAUUCAUAGUAAUGUACCCUUGGAGGAAUGCAAUUUUGAUGCAAAUGGACAAAAUGGUACAUGUACAACUCAGUUAUUUAUAAAUACUCAAGGUGAAAUUAAAGACAUUAACCUGGAGUGCUUCUCCCAGAAAGGGUUUUGCCUCAGCUGUCCUGAUGCAGUGGACGUAGAUGACCCAGAGCUGCUGGAUUUGUUAAGACAAGUCAUGGAUGAAUAUAAUUCUAACAAUAACAACACAAACCUUUAUAACUUUGUUUCAGUCAACCAAGCCUCAAAAAAGGGAACACAUGAAAAAACCUAUGAUGUGAAAUUUAAUAUUCAGGAGACCAACUGCUCAAAGUCUGAUUACAGUAUUCUGGGAGAAGAAUGCGAAUUUAUAGAGACAAAGGAAGCUCUAAAUUGUGAUGCCAAAGUAAACAUAACAGACACAAAAAUUACAGUUGCUUCAAGUCCUAUGUGUAUUCACAGAGUCAGAUCUACGCCCUUCUUUUCCUAUAAGGGUCUUUCCCCUUUUCGCAUGGUUCUACCUCAAGCAAAUCCUUCAAACAAAAAUAGAAUAGAUACUGAGAGAGCCAAAAGACAUGCACAUGGGCAUGGUCAUAAAGAAGAACAAAAACAUGGAAGAAAGCAUAAAAAAGAGAGAAAAGACAAAAAAGACAAAAAGAAUAAGAAAAAUGGCCAUAAGAAUGGAGAUUCCUCUGAAGAAUCUCAAGAACAUACUAUCUUACUUACUCAACACACAACAGCUCAGACAGUAGAGUUGAUAACGUCAACUCUGACACCACACAGCAUAAGUACACCUGGGGGACAAACACCUGAAACCACAGAAGAACCAACUUUAGGACUAUUUCCUCAAAUUCCAUCAGUACCAGAAGACCAGGAUAAUUUUUUUAAUUUUCACGAUAAUGUUGAACCAGAUUUACCUGGGCCAGAAGAUUCAAACUUACCAAAAUGUCCAGGGAAUCCCUGGGAGCCAGUAAAAUUGCCUAUUACAGAACCAGUAUAUAACCCUUUUGAUCUUGCUUUUGCCAUUGAAGAUACCACAACUACAACUACAGCAAAUGAAAAUAUUAAAAACAAAGAGCCUGGCAGCCAGGGUCAGCCAUUUAAUGAUGAAGAUCUGCUGCUAAGUUUAAUUUAAAAACAGUAUUAUGACAGAAAAUUAAUGUUACAAUUGUACCAUGUUACAAUGACGUGCCUAUAAAAUACAAAUUUCCUAUAAACAUGUAAAAUCACGAUAA